AUGACAGUCUUCGAUUGGCGUUCCGUUCCUCCACGCCCCAACCGUGCCAGCCUAGCCCUCGGGGCGUGUCCUUGGGGCGGGAAUGAUGGGCACAUGGCGGUGCCGUUUGAUCCGAGUGUUUGCGGCGGGCGGGGCGGACGGGGUAUGGAGUACACGGGACUCCACUACCGCCCGGAGCGUUGGAGUGUACGGAGUACGGAGUGGAAGUGGUGCUGGGUUGGACCCACUCUGGAUGCCGCGGGCGCCGGGUUCCCGUGGAGGAAGUGCGGUGUUUUGAUUACCCCGCCGCGACUCCCUUAUCUGAUCCUCUACCCGCCUCUCUACGGCUCGGGGGAUUAG